AUGUCCUACUCCCGCUCCUCCGCUUUGACCGUCUCUGCUCCCACUGCGGCAGGCGCCGUUCGAGGGCAUCUACGACAGUUUCUACAUGCUUUCGCUGGCGCAGCGGCGUCGAUCAAACAGGGCGACGGCUUCAAAGCAACAACCCAGCAGGGCCCUGUAGCCUCCAAGACGCAGCUCGAUCGCGUACUCGGCUACAUCGAGUCCGGCAAGCAGGAGGGUGCACGCAUCGUCACUGGCGGCUCGCGCGCCGAGGGUCUAGGCUACUUUAUAAAGUCGACGAUCUUCGUUGACGUGAAGCUAGACACGAAGAUUGUGCGGGAGGAGAUCUUCGGCCCUAUUGGCGUUGUGUCCAAGUUCAAGACCGAGGAGGAGGCGCUCGAGGCUGCUACGUAG